GUCCGUGCGCACAGAACACCGCGGGCAGUCUCAAUUUGACGAGAUACGAUAAUUGCGAAAAUUCUUAACCUAAUAAAUAAUUCUCUCUUAAAAAAUAUAGUGCAAUCACGUAAAAUCCAAUAGUCAGUGAAAAAUAAUUGAUUGAAGAGAAUUUAGCGUGUGGAUUUUGGUCUUGACCAUCAAAAACACUUCGAUUGGAUCUCUGAAAUGGGAAUGGGAGUAUCAGAUACAUUGAAUUACGUUCUGUUUUCUAAUGCCGUCAGCUCGAGUGCCGGUUCGUUUGCGAAAACUGCUGCAUCAGCUCUAUUUUGAAUUAUCAUUUUUUAAAUAGUCCCACCAGUGUCCAACAGCUGCAGAGUGGGGAUGACAUGGAGAUGAGGGGAAGGUGAUAGUGACCGGGGUGCAGUACUACGAUGUCGCUGGAGUCUCUCCAACCCCCAAGUGAAUUUUUUGAAGAUCUUUGAAAAUGCGGAUUCGCCUUGAGAGUGAGACUUUCGCGCGUUUUUUAAGAAGAGUGAAUUGAGUUCUCCAGGUCGUCGACAAGACGCCCCGACAUCCCCAGCCCCAGAGAUAGACGAGCCAUUCGAGGACGAGACCGACCUCCUGGGGGACGCGAUGUCCCAGGAUGAUGUGGCAAACGAGGAGGAAGCCGAUGGUGAAGAGCUGUUCGGUGACAACAUGGAAGCGGAUUAUCGUCCAAUGCCAGGACUAGAUCGUUACGACAAUGUCCUGAUGGAUGACUCUGAGUACUCAGAGCUCUCCCAGGGUGACAGAGUAGCAGCCGAGGCUGCAAUGAAUCGACGAGAUCGAGCUGCUGGAAUUUUCAGGGACGACCGUGAUCUCCUGUACGAGGACUCAGACGAGGACGAUACCCAGGCGACAAAACGUCGACGAGCUGAGAAAGCAGCAACUGGCGAUGUCGAGGAUUCCGAGAUGAUCGAGUCAAUCGAAAACCUGGAAGACACCAAGGGCCACAGUGUCAAGGAGUGGGUGAUGAUGCUGGGGCCAAGAACAGAGAUAACAAAUCGCUUCAAGAACUUCCUGAGGACUUACACAGACUCCAAGAGCCACUGCAUGUAUAAAGAACGAAUUCGUCACAUGUGCGAGAGCAAUCAGUCGUCAUUUGUCGUUGAAUUUCCAGUUCUUGCCAGCAAGGAGCACGUGCUAGCUUAUUUUCUCCCCGAGGCGCCCUUUCAGAUGCUCGAGAUAUUCGAUGCCGUUGCCAAGGAGCUGGUGCUCACGAUUUUUCCGAGUUACGAGAGAGUCACGUCGGAGAUUCACGUGAGGAUUUCAGAGUUACCACUCAUCGAGGAGCUCAGGACUUUCAGAAAACUUCACCUCAAUCAGCUCGUUAGGACUCUGGGAGUUGUUACAGCAACAACUGGUGUUCUUCCUCAGCUGUCUGUUGUUAAAUACGAUUGUACCAAGUGUGGAUAUGUCCUGGGGCCCUUCGUCCAGAAUCAAAAUACCGAGGUGAAGCCUGGCUCCUGUCCUGAGUGCCAAAGUGUCGGACCCUUUAUAGUCAACAUGGAGCAGACGAUAUACAGGAAUUACCAGAAAAUCACUGUGCAGGAGUCCCCUGGGAGAAUUCCAGCUGGGAGAAUUCCCCGGAGCAAGGACUGCAUUCUCCUCGCUGACCUGUGCGAUCGCUGCAAACCUGGUGAUGAGAUAGAUCUCACUGCGAUCUACACGAAUUCAUAUGAUGGAUCGCUGAAUACUGAACAGGGAUUUCCUGUAUUUUCCACUGUACUCCUGGCUAAUCAUGUUUUUGUCAAGGAUUCCAAGGAGAUUGUUGACUCACUCACUGAGGAGGACAUCUCCAGCAUCCUGAAGCUGUCAAAGGAUCACAGAAUCUCUGACAGAAUAGUAUCUAGUAUUGCCCCUUCGAUUUAUGGACACGAUUACAUAAAAAGGGCUCUGGCACUCGCUAUUUUUGGUGGUGAGUCGAAAAAUCCUGGAGGCAAGCACAAGAUCAGAGGAGAUAUCAAUGUCUUACUCUGUGGAGAUCCUGGAACUGCCAAAUCUCAAUUUCUCAAAUACACCGAGAAAAUUGCACCCAGAGCGGUGUUCACCACUGGACAGGGCGCCUCAGCUGUGGGUCUCACUGCUUAUGUCCGAAAAUCUCCAGCAACCAGGGAGUGGACUCUCGAGGCUGGGGCUCUGGUGCUCGCUGAUCAUGGGGUAUGUCUCAUAGAUGAGUUCGAUAAGAUGAAUGAUCAGGACAGAACGUCCAUCCACGAGGCGAUGGAGCAGCAGAGCAUAUCUAUUUCUAAAGCUGGUAUUGUCACCUCUCUGCACGCCAGGUGCUCGGUUAUUGCUGCCUCUAAUCCCAUUGGUGGGAGGUAUGACGCCAGUAUGACAUUUUCGGAGAAUGUCGAUUUAUCAGAGCCCAUUAUCUCCAGAUUUGAUAUUCUGUGUAUCGUCAAGGAUGAGGUGGAUCCCAUGCAGGACAGGCAUCUAGCAAAAUUUGUGGUGAAUUCUCACAUCAGGCAUCAUCCCACUAAUGAGGAGAGGGAUCUCCCUGAGGAGCUAGUCGAUAAUAACGAGGCUGAGGAUAUCUCCAUCCCCCAGGACUUGCUCAAGAAGUACAUCGUAUACGCAAGACAGAAUAUUCACCCGAAAUUGACGAAUGUCGAUCAGGAUAAAGUGGCUAAAUUGUAUGCACAGUUGAGACAAGAGAGUCUUGCCACUGGGAGUCUUCCCAUAACAGUUAGACACAUUGAGAGCAUCAUCAGGAUGGCUGAGGCCAGUGCUAAGAUGCAUCUCAGGGAUUAUGUCAGAGAGGACGAUGUCAAUCUCGCAAUCAGGAUGGCUUUAGAGAGUUUUGUUGAUACUCAGAAAUACUCGGUGAUGAAGAGCAUGAGGAGCACCUUCCAGAAGUACUUGACGUACAAAAAAGAUCACAGCGAGCUGUUGUAUUAUAUUCUCAGGCAGAUUACUUUGGAUACUCUGGCAUUUCAGAAAGCUGUCAGGGGAACUAGAAUCACCACUAUCGAAGUACCUGAGAAAGACCUCGCUGACAAGGCUAAGAGAAUUGAUAUUCAUAAUUUGCAGACCUUCUACGAGAGUCCUGUCUUUAAGAAUAAUAAUUUUGUUUAUGAUGCCAAGAGGAAGGUUAUUGUCCAGACACUUCCCGAUGCUGAGGAGUGAGAAGAGUUCUAAAGGUUUUUUACUGAAUUUCUUUUUUACGAGGUAUAUUCUUUCCGUUCCAGGCAAUAGUCUCUUUAUUUUUUAAUAAAUCAUUUUUUACGUGAA